AUGUCUUCGACUAUGUUCAUCAACCUGGUACGCUGCGGUCGGUCUCCGUUCGGACGCCAGGCUGCCUGUCUGCCUGCACGGUCGCUCCAAGAAGCCUCCCCCUUGUCCCCCCCAGCCUCCCCCUUGUCCCCCCCUGCCUCCCCCAGUACGGUCCAGGUCCGGUGGAAGUGUACUGCUCGGUUUGUCCCUGAUGCUAUCGGUCGACCGACCACCUGGGACUCGUUUGGGAUCUGGGACAACAGGAUAGAGGAGCCCAUUCUGCUGUCUCCUAGUAUACGUUAUGGGAAACCCAUCCCACAGGUGAGUUUGUCCCGUGUGGGCACGGCGUCUCUGCUGGGUCAUCGGAGGGAGAAUGAAGACAGGCUACAGGUGGUUCGACUCAGUGACAGCAUCCUGUACUUGGCUGUGUUCGAUGGACACGGAGGACCACACGCCGCAGAAUACUGUCACACCUACAUGGAGAAAUACAUUAGAGAGGCCCUACAGCAGGAGGAUGACCUGGAGAAGGCUCUGACCCGAGCCUUUCUGGAGGUGGACAAAGCCCUAUACACACACCUCAGUUACUUUGGCAACGCUUCCUUCCUGACUGCGGGGACCACGGCGACAGUUGCCGUGUUACGAGACGGUGUGGAGUUGGUGGUUGCUAGCGUGGGGGACAGCCGAGCGUUGCUAUGCAGGAAGGGGCGGGCCAAGAAACUCACAAUUGACCACACCCCCGACCGGAAGGACGAGAGACAGAGGAUAAAGCUGAGUGGAGGGUUCGUAACGUGGAAUAGUCUUGGUCAGGCUAACGUUAACGGGAGGUUAGCGAUGACACGCAGCAUCGGAGACUUUCACCUCAAGAACACUGGAGUCAUUGCCCUGCCAGAGACACAACGAAUCAACCUGCAACACCACCAAGACACGUUCCUGGCUCUGACGACAGACGGGAUUAACUUCAUCAUGAACGACCAGGAGAUCUGUGAUGUCAUCAACCAGUGCCAUGACCCCACAGAGGCAGCAAACGUCAUUGCACAACAGGCUCUGCAGUAUGGUUCAGAGGACAACAGUACGGUCGUGGUGCUUCCGUUUGGAGCCUGGGGUAAACAGGAGAGCAGUCUUCUGUCUGGCUACUCCAUGAGCAGAAACCUGGCUUCUAGUGGCCGUUGGUCCUGA